AUGUUAGGUGCUAAUUGUACAGAGAGUUCCCUACAAGGCACUUGUGCUGUAUUAAUGUUUUUAAUGAGCUUAUUUGCUUUGGUUAUAAUGCUAGGAAAUGCUGUGGUUGUUUUAGCUUUUGUGGUGGACAAAAAUCUUAGACAUCGAAGUAAUUAUUUUCUUCUUAACUUGGCCAUUUCUGACUUCUUUGUGGGUGCAAUCUCUAUUCCUUUGUACAUUUCUUACACACUUGACAAGUGGGAUUUGGAAAGUGGAUUGUGUCCGUUUUGGCUUAUUAUUGACCAUCUUUUGUGUACAGCAUCUGCCUAUAACAUUGUCUUAAUCAGCUAUGAUCGGUACCAAUCUGUCUCGAAUGCUGUGUCCUAUAGAGCCAAACAGACUAAGACCUUGUGGAUUGUGACUCCGAUGAUGGCUGUCUGGGUGCUGGCCUUCUUAGUGCAUGGUCCAAUGAUUCUGGUUUCACAGUCUUGGAAGACAGGCCAGGUUCAAUGUGAACCUAGAUAUUUUUCAAAACAGUACAUCAUCGCAAUAAUCUCAGUUUUUGAAUUCCUGGUCCCAGUCAUCUUGGUGGUUUAUUUCAACAUAUAUAUUUACUGGAGCCUCUGGAAGCGUGAGAGUCUUAGGAGAUGCCAAAGUCAUCUUGGUCUCAAUCCGGAUACCUCUAGCAGCAACUCUUGGUGUUUGUUCAAAUGUGGACUAUAUUCAGGGACAUCUCUUCCUGAACUGAAGGAAACAGGAGCACCUUGUCAUCCAGAGGAACUGGGAAGAAAGAGUCAUCUCUUGUUUUUGUUAAGAACCCAUGUAAAUAACAACAUAUUUACUUCCAAAGUGUGGUCCCUCUCCCAUUCAGCUUCUCUAACACCUCACCAAAAGGAACAUCUUGAGUUACUCAGAGCCCAGAAAUUAGCCAAGUCACUGGCCAUUCUAGUAGGUCUAUUUGUCAUCUGCUGGGCUCCUUAUACUGUGUCCACAAUUUUCUUUGAUGCUAAACAACGUCAGUCUUUAUGGUAUGAAAUUGCAUUUUGGCUUCAGUGGUUAAAUUCCUUUAUCAAUCCUAUUUUGUAUCCAUUAUGUCACAGGCGAUUUCAGAGAGCUUUCUCAAAAAUAUUUUGUAUGAAAAAGAAAGCCAUACCAUCAUACAAUCAAUCAUUAUCUUCUUAA